AUGGCUGGGAGCUUGCUAAUCUCGAACCACUUUAACCAUAUCUUGGAAUCAUGCCAGUGUCUGCGGCAGAGUGAGGUGCAGGUGCGGGCCCACAUUUUCUUGCAAAGUGUCAACGUGAUUCGUAACAUCGACUACCUGACUCGCUGCAUCAAGACAGAGGCACAAUCCGGGCGGCUAGGGAUCCCAUCGACCAUGGGCCAUCAGGAUGCACAUCCCUUCUCAAAUGUAGGCUGUGUUACAAAUGCGCUAGCAAGAGAAGCUGUGAACGCAAUUGGCUACCUUGCUGCGUGUGAUGUCUCACACGCAGUUGGCUCAGCUUCGUCGCCGGUGGCUGGACAGCAGUCUGCACUCUGCUCUACACUGCUGUUGCUCUACGCAGCUGUUGCUCUAUGCAGCUGUUGCUCUAUGCAGCUGUUGCUCUACGCUGUGUCCACAUGGUCUGAAUGUGUUGCUGAGGCUGGCUUCCAGUGGCCUGCAGCUGCUGCAUGGACCUCGUCGUAUGCGACGUCUGCUUUUGACGAAAGUGGUAGGAUCCCACAGAAUCCUUUUGACACGAGGCUGGCGUUGCUGCCCCACAGCCCGCCGCAGUGGCAGCAGGAAGCCUUGGGAGGCACAGAUGGAGUUGGCAGCGAUGGCAGGCUCUUCCGGAUGGUCCACCUCAGCUCUGCCAUACCCACCGAGGUGCAGGGAAAGCUGUCGGCCCUGGUGGACAGCUACUUGCGCCCGGUGCUGGUCGAACGCCGCGUCCCCACAGGCUACUCCCAAGCCUUGGGAAGCCCAUCGUCCAGUUCUCAUGCUAUGUUGGAAGACAGCAAGAAGAGGGGAGGUGGCGACGACUUGAGUGAGGAGGCCGAUCAGCAGGGAUCUGCGAAGGGCGCUGCCUCGAGUGCGGCUCGGAGUAGCGCUGACAGCGAGGAGCAGGCGGAGAGCGAGGACACAUUUUCUUUCUGUGCAUCCACGGCAUCGCAGUCCAAACUCUCCAGCGCCUCCUUCGAUCGAAUGGGCGACACCUCAAAAGCUGUUCGGAAGCUUUUUGCAACUCGGAGCGACAUCACCCAGGUCUUGAAGAGGCUUCCGGCGCAAGCCCUCAUGUCCCCAGGAGGAUCUACGACUCAGACAGACACGAUCCUCCGAGACAUCUUUACCUCAGUGGCUGUGGCCGUGCCGGCAUCCUUCCUCCCAAACAAUGGGAGCGGCGCGAGUCAAGGGAGCCAAGGGAGCCAAGGGAGCCAAGCGGGGCCCAGCAUGGUGGGCCUUGCCACCGGCUACCAGUACAGCGAGAGGCCCUACAAUCUCUCUCGGGUCCAAACCACGCUGAACAUCAAAGUGGCCAUGCCACAAGCUGGAGGCUCUCCUGCGGAGCUGGCUGUGCAGCUGUGCAACCUCUCUGAUUCAGAGCCCUCAGCCGUGGAGGCGUUCUCCGCAUGGAGCGACCUCGCUGCUGCCCUGCCCCUGCGCUUCAAUGACUCGGCGCUCAGGGUCCGACGGCGGCAUCUGAAAAAGGCAAAAGAAGCCUUGCGCUCGCUUCCAAGAGGAUAG